AUGGUUACUUAUCAACAGCUCAAAUAUGAUCCAAGUUCACAGGCUCUCUUCAACAACAGAAUCACGACUAUGGAAGGCCUACUAAGUAUCCUUAAGGACCACUCAUUUAUCGCGUUGGAUACAGAGCACGUACCUGUAGAUAGCCAAAGAAAUCGCAUACUUCACCAAGUUGGCCUCGCAUAUAUCCCGGCCAUAACGCCUCACACCCCCAUUGCUGUCCCUAGCCAGCCACAACGACCACGCCUUAAAGACUUCUACGACAGAAACCAGCUUCAAAGCCUGACCCUCAACAUUUUCCUAACCAAGCAAAUACGAGAGGACCUACUCUGCUACAGGGGCAGUAUUCCGAACCGCCGCCCGUCCCGUUUUGGUCGUGAAUGCCAGAUUUUUCUCGAUAACCUCGGCUCAGCUAUUGUCGAAUUCAUACGGUCUUGCCAUCACAAUCAUACGAAAUUAGUACUUAUUGGAUUCGAGAUGUCAGCCGAGUGGAACUAUUUAUCGAGGAACUUCUCCGAGGUUGUUCCUUACUUUACAUCAUGGAUAGACCUCCGCGACAUUGCAAAAGAUGUAGCUAUAACUGGAGAUGCACCUGGACAGUCCAUACCUGGACGGAUAUCCCUGCUCCAGAUGUUCGGAUACUAUUGGAAAGAUAUCAAAGGCUCUAAUCAAUACGGUUCUGCUGAUAAUGCUGGGGACGAUGCUGUAUCAACUCUGGCUAUGGCAGAGGCCCUUUUCUACCCAGAAAAUCAGGAAAAGCUGCGGUUCCAUCAAGAAUGUGGGCAGAUCGCUCGCGAAAAAAAUGUUUUUAUAAAUGAGGAUAAUGUCGCUUUCGGCGCAACGAUUCAGACUGAGAAUGGGAUACUUCCUAACGUUAUUAAUUCAGGUUUAAGGCUCGCUCAGUACUUUUUCGGCUUCAGACCUAUUUCCAUAGCACUUAGGUCUCCGGACGUUGCCGUUGUUACAUUCAAGAGCAAAUUCCACCUGAAUCGAUUCAUUAAAAUGAAUCAUCGACGAGUACUGUCAAACGGCGAUACACUAUUAAUUAUUCCGAUUGGAGUUUCCGAUAUUGACAAGGCUAAGAGGGAAGAGAAGCAACAAUUGAGAAAAUUCAAGAAGGUAGAAAUGUUAGAGCAAGACUUCGAGGGCCUCGGAGAUAUUUUUUCUUGA